AACUUUUUCCUUUUUUUUGAGUUUCUGUUGCAGAGUGGAUCCGAAUUGGUAGCGGCAUUGUGGGUAUCAGAACUCUCUAGUCCUUUCCUCCAUGUAAGAGAACUUAUAAAAGAACUCGGCUACAAAGAUACCGACUUAAAUUUGGCAGCUGAUAUUUCUUUUGCAGUCAUUUUCACUAUUGCAAGGAUGGUAUUCGGGUCGUACAUAACUUUCGUUACCGUAUCUGCCAACAAUCCUUUCACCAUACAGGUCAUGGCAGUGGGAUUGCUACUAGUCAGCACUUUCUGGUUCUACAAGAUCGCGAGGAUGGUGAAUUAUAAACUCUCGAAGAGGACUGCAUCCAAAAAAGUUGCCUCAAAAUCCAUCCAGAUGAUGAAUUGAAGCUUUGAUUGAGCAACGAAUAAUUCGUAACUAGAAAGUAGAAACAAUUUCCAUAAUGUAAUUUCACAAAUGCGAUUUCUAUGUUGAGACUAAUUCCGCUGGUGCAACUUGCAAGUUUAGCUCAAUGAAGUUCAUUUUCUGGUAUCAUUCGGGAAAUAAAUUGUGUAAUAAAACCGUGGAGCUGCUAAUGGAAAACAAGCGGAAAAAAAUA